AAGUUGCUCAUUCAAAUUGCUGUCAAAUGAAAAACAUGUUAUUUUGAAUAUUUAUCUUAUCUUCGUUUAUAUAAUCUUAUUAGAUUGAAAAAGUGGACUUCCUUUUGCUGAUUCAAUCAGUUGUAUAUAUCAAAAAUAAUUAUGGUUGUUAAGUUCAAUUUAAUAGCAGCUUGCUGCGAAAAUAUGGGAAUAGGUAAAAAUGGUGAUUUGCCAUGGAGAUUGAAGAACGAAAUGGCACACUUCACUAACAUGACAACUAAAACACAAGAUAAGUGUAAAAAAAACGUUGUAAUACUGGGAAGAACAUCAUGGGAUUGCAUACCAGAGAAAUACAAACCAUUAGUCGAUAGAAUCAACUUUGUAUUGUCCACUAAAAAGUUGGAUUUAUCACAAUAUAAAGAUACUUAUGCAUUUUCCAGCUGGGAUGAAAUAGUGAACAAGUUGAAGGAUUCUGAAUUUCGGCAAAGAUAUGAGGAUGUUUGGGUUUGCGGAGGUAGUAAGAUUUACGAGGAUGCUAUGGAUUCAAAAUAUUUUUACCGUCUUUAUUUGACAAGGAUAAAGAAAGAUUUUGAAUGUGAUACCUUCUUUCCUAAACUGGUUAUUGAUAAUAUCCAAAGAAUUAGUGAUUUAAGAGUUCCUCAAGGUGUCCAAGAAGAGAAAGGGAUUAAAUGGGAAGUUGAAGUUUGGGAGAAUACAAAAGUACCAAUCUUAAAUUAGUUUGAUAUAAACUAAUUUAAGAACAAUAAACUCAAGGUGUUGGGGAAUUUUUUUUUAAUAAAACUAAUUAAGAAUCUAAUAUUGCUAUAUUCACUCCUUCACACUUAUAAAUUAAUAUGAAAUAUUUACAACCUGUAAAUCCUUCAACAAUUUAUGUGCAAAAAAAGUCACACAGAUAUAUUUUGGCUUAGUUUAUUCUCUCUUCAAGAAAUAGAUCAUAGUAAUACUUGAGGAAUUUACACUUUAAAACGAUGUUCAUUUUCAAGUAAUCAACGUGUUUUCUGUUCCAUAACUUAUCCGAUACAGCAAUUCCAACUUACACUGUAUUUAAUAUGUUUGUUAAUCAGUACGUCCAGUUAAAUAGUUACUUCCAGUACGAUCUAAAAAUAGUAAAGCUUCAAAAUAAGUCUAUCACUUGUCGCAACUCAGCUGAAUUCGAAAAUAUCCUCAAUAAAAUAAUUACAGAGCCCAGUCCGUUUCAACAAGAUAAGACAAUUUUUCAACAGCCUGCUCACCAAAAAUUAUUGCACUGGAUAAAUUUUGCUCCGAUUCGCU